AUAUACUCUCGGAAAAGAACCUUUUAUAUUAUGUAUCUUUAGCGGAUGUAGAAAGCAAAAGAGCGAAAUCUAAAUUAUUACGCAUGACAGAAAGACAAUAAUGUGAUUAAUAAGUUAUAUUUAACAGGGGUUUUAUUCUAUCGUGCAUUGAAUUAAUAAUGUUAGGUCGCCUAAAUUUUCAUUACGAAAUUGAACUUGCAACUCAAAUUCAGUAGUAAUACUACUACUAUCGUUACUACUACUAUAAAUUGUAAUUAAAUUUAAUGAGGUAUCUAUUUUCUAACCUAAGAAAAGCAAAUAAGAGAAAGAAAUAACAACUUGUACUGCUGACAGAUAUGGCAGGACAAAACUUAGGCCCUUCACCUAAUUGGUACUCCAGUAAAGUUAGUGACUGUAACAAAAAUGGGAUUUUUGCUUAUGGGUCUCGAGGAAAUAUUGUUCUUAUGGAUGUUACUUUAUCUCCUCCAGUUUAUAUAGAAAUGUUUUCUGCUCAUGCAGAUAGAGUAUCUGCUGUUUCAUUUUGUCGAAAUAUGAAGAAGGUCAGCUGGUUAGUUUCUUGUGCUGAUGACAAGAAAGUCAAGAUUUUUGAUACAGCAAACCGCAUGUUGCUCUAUGAACAAGUGACACAUCAGAAAGUUACAUGUUUGGAUUGGCGAGGAGAUAGAGAUGAUAUUGCCUUCAUUGGUGGAGACAAAGGUUUCUUAGCAGCAUGGGAUCUUCACCAUGAGACAAUAAUUCGCUACCAGUCAGCAUCCAGCACAUUGAUCUUUUGUCUAACUUCUUGUAUUUCCAAGCCUGAGCUUCUAGCUGUUGGGUUCAAAGGAGGUUUAGUGGUUAUUCAUGAUGUCAGCAAAGAGGGCAAAGUGAUUUUUAUACUUCGAAGUCAUGGGGAAGAUGUGAUGUCACUUUCAUGGUCAAGAUAUACAGAGGCAGGUAAGUCAAUCCCACAGUUGGCUAGUUCAAGUAGAGAUAGAACAUUGAGAGUUUGGGAUGUUACUGAAGAAAAACCUCUUCAUGUGAUAAACAUUCCUCAUCAGCGUGGAGGAAGAGCAGAUGAACAAAACAAAGCUCGCCAUUGGUUCGCCCUCUGCUGGAUGCUAGGGAAACAAAAUUGCUUGAUUUGUACAACAGUAAGUGGUGAUGUGAUGCUGUGUGAUGUGGAGAAACAGACAUGGAAACAUUUCAGCACUACUGAACGUGGUGGACAUUCACGCUGUGUUUUCAACAUCUGCCUAGUAGGAGGUGAAUCAGAGAUAGCUUGUACAGUGUCAUUAGACCGUCAGAUUGUGAUAUGGGAUCUGGAAAGUAUGAAGUCAAAGUAUGUGUUACCAACACUUGGAGGAUUUGCAUACACAGUUGUAGCAAACCCUCUGGAUCCAGGUCGUCUAGCAGUGGGUGCAGGAGACAACAUGGUAAGAGUCUGGACCCUAACAGGUGUUAAUCCGUAUCAUACUGUUUCAUUGUGGCAGAAAAUACAAGGAAAGGUUAAAACAAUAUCUUGGCAUCCAGAACGAGAAGCUUGGUUGGCUUAUGGAACUGACGAUGGACAUGUUGGGGUUCUUGAUACUUUAAGUAGCAACAGAUCUCAAGUAUUGACAUCUCCUUGUCACAGGCAGAUUGUGUACAAUGUUUGUUGGGGACCAUGUUUCAUGCUAAACAAAGGUGACCAAAAUGGAAGACCCAAUCUGUUUUUGUAUUCUUGUGGUGAUGGUGUGAUCCUGAUUCAUAAUGUUGAUAAACCAAAAGAAGAAAAACAUAAUUUUAACACAUUAACAGCAAACAGUGGCAAUUUGGAAAGAGGAAAGGGUCCAGUCAGAACAGAACUUGCAUGGAAAGCAGAUUAUUCUGUACUAGCUGUUGGAAAUGAAGAUGGGUCAGUUGAUAUAUAUCAUGGCCAAGAUUUUCACAUCAUUGCUCGAUUAAAAGCGCAAAAGAAACUCAUUCAGUGUAUUCGGUGGCAUCUUCAGUUUACUGCAGUUUCUUCACAGCAGUCAACAUACCAUUGUUUUUUGGCUUGUUCUUCCAAUGAAAAUGAAAUUAAUAUCUAUGAUUUAACUUCAGUUUUAGGUGAAAACAACAAUACAAGGACUUGUGAAGUUACUAUAACACAGCCAACAAUUCAACUUGCUGGUCAUCAAUUUCGUGUCACAUCUUUGGCAUGGAGUCCUCACGUGGACUGCAGACUGGCAUCAGUGUCUUAUGAUGGUACUGUUCAAAUAUGGGAUGUAUUGACUGGAACUCCAGUAGCAAAUUUUGCAGGACAUCGUGGACGGGUGUUCUGUGUAGAAUGGAAUCCAUUAGAUCCAGAUUUGGUCUUCAGUGGUGGUGAAGACUUCACCAUUCAACAGUGGCGAGUAUCUCAACAGGAAAAUAUACUACCUCCUCCCAAAAAAGAAAGAACUCGCAAGAAGAAAAGUACAAAAAGUCAGAGAUACGAAACAACAAGUGAAGAUGUCCAAGGGCUUAAUGAUUCAACUGUUCUGAAAGAAUUAGAUCAACUGCUGGAAAUAAAAAAGCAAGAACUACAAAAUCCUUCACAAAAAGAGAUGGAGAUAAAUAGCAAGAUCAUGGAUGUGUUGAGCACUCAGAAAAAGGAAGAAACUGUGACUGAUUCAUUGACAGUCGACAGCAAAGAAAAAGAAGACCCAGUGCAUGCUACACCAAAACUUGCUGUAGACUCGGAUUCUGAUACUUCUAUGGAACUUUGUCAAAGUUUGAAGAAGCAAGCAGAUGUUUCUAAGGAAAAGUCAGUAAAGUCCAUGGAAAGAAAGAAGAAGAAGCCAGUUCAUAAAUCACAUUUUCCUGUAUCAGCUGCUUUGGAGAACAGAGGAAAACACUUCAGCUGUGCCGACUGCCUCCACCUGGUGGAUCAUUUAUAUCCAGCAAAAGAAACUUGUUUAAGUAGUUCUUUAUCAUCUGAUGUAGAACCUUCAAAACCUCAAGAACAAGACAAGUUUACUCAUUUAGGGUUUUUUACAGACAGGCAUGCAAUGCUUGACCUGUUAAUCACUGAAGGUGUGAAACAUAGAGAAAAUGGAAAUCUUGAUCUGGCUUUACAACAGGAAUUGUGGAUAGGAAAUGUUGGUCCUGCUUUAAGAGAAGCUGCAGAGAAAAGACAGCUGAGUGAUUGGCUUGUAGCUUUAGCACCAUUAGGAUCUCGGACCUUAUGGCUUGAGAUGUGUGAAAAGUAUGCUCAACAGUUAGCUGAAAAUCAAAAGUAUCAUCGUGCCUCUCUCUAUUUGUUGGCUUGUCAUAAGGUCUAUGAAGCUAUUGAUGUUUUGAAGGAUCAUAAUUUGUUCAGAGAAGCGUUAGCAAUAGCCAGAUCAAGAUUACCAUCGGUAGACCCUACAUUGAAUGAUAUACUGUGCAAGUGGGCUGCUCGUGCUGAUAAAGAAGGAAAUUAUGAAAUGGCUGCCAAAUGUUAUCUUGCUGUAAGUGAUCCCGAAGCUGCAGCUAAAACCAUGGCCAAACGAUGUAAUCCACCUUCAUUAAGGAUAGCAGCUUAUAUUUCUAGACGUUGUCAUCAACCAAAGGAAGCAGAUGGCUAUGUUAAGGCUUGCUUCAAAGAAUCCUUGAUAAGAAGUGAUUGGAUCACAGCUGGUCAAAUCACUAGAGACCAUCCACACUUUCAGCCAUAUCUUCUUGUAUCUUCUCUCCAUGAAAGACUCACCAAAGAACUGGAAAAACUAUCUCAAGAUAUAGGUUCCAACUCUUCCAUAUUGCCUGAAAAUUUUAAUGACUCGCAGCCUGUUAUCUGGAAGGGACAUGUUCAAAGUGGAGAGUCAUUUUUUACCAGUAUCUUAACAAAAUGGAAAGAGGAUGAACUUCUGCAGGAUUGGGAACAUGUUGAUGUAAUUUGUCAAGUUAUCAGUGAACUCUUCAUGAAGAAACAGCCACCGUACACUCAACAAGAGUUGUUAUUUCAAAUAUCCAUUCACUUCACCCUAUUUCUACUUCGAGAAGAACAGAGAUUAACUGAUACUUCAUCAGCAUCUUUCAAACAUUUAACUACAGCUUUAUCUCUUGCCAACAGUCAAAAGUUUCCAGAUAAAUUUCAUUUUCUAUGUCGACUGAUAUUUUCUAAAGAACUUAAGUGGGAUUCUAGCAGGAUAGCAACUGUAAGAGGAAUACACUUAUUGAAACCCAACUACUCGGCAGUUAAUGCCUGUUUGAACCUCGAGGAGUUAUGGCAUAGUGAACUUCCAUUAGGAGUGCAUUUAACACUAGCAGAUCUUCCGGAUUCUUCUGAUGAGAAGCAACUUUCUGAACUAAAUUCAGCUGAUGUUCUUAUAGAAAAUAUUUUACAGUAUGACUCACAAGAAUUUUUUGAAAAGGUUUGGGUUUGUAAAACUGUAAUUCCAGUAUUGGCAUUUUUUUCUGUUAAUUGGCUAUCUCAACUGGACAAGUUCAUUGAAAGAACAGAGGACAAAAAUCUGAACCUGUGUAGGUUUUUACCUGAUGUUCUUGCCCAUUUAACUAAUUACCUACUUUGUGAUAUUUUUGUUCUCGAACAUUAUUUGCAUGACAAAGUUAAGGCAGUUGAAAAUGAAAUAGCUUUACAAAAGGCUGAUCAGCAUCAAAAAACAAAAAUCACUUGUGCAAAACAAAAACCUGGUCCUUAUAAGUUUAAAAAAAUAAGUAAUUAUUCAUUUGCUGGAGAUGAACAAAAAUCCAUAAAGGAAAAUACUUUUUCAUGUGAUUCAAAGGAAAUUAAUAUUACCAAUAAUUCUUUCAACCUUCAAGAAGACACAAGUAUCCAAAAUGCUGAGAAAACAGUAACAGAGGAUACAUCAAAAUGUCUGACUCAAAGAGGAAAAACAGGUGCAGAGUCACAUGGUCUGUGUUCUGUGGAAAAGAUGGAUGAAUCUAAAAAAGAUACUGUUACAUCAGAGUCACUUGGUGUGUGUUCUGUGGAAAAGAUGGAUAAGUCUAAAAAAGAGACUGUGACAUCAGAGUCACUUGGUGUGUGUUCUGUGGAAAAGAUGGAUGAAUCUAAAAAAGAGACUGUGACAUCAGAGUCACUUGGUGUGUGUUCUGUAGAAAAAACGGAUGAAUCUAAACAAGAGACUGUGACAUCAGAGUCACUUGUAUGUUCUGUGGAAAAGAUGGAUAAGUCUAAAAAAGAUACUGUUACAUCACAGUUGCUUGGUGUGUGUUCUAUGGAAAAUAUGGAUGAGUUGAAAGAAGAGAGAGUUAUAUUAGAAGGAGAUGGAGGACAGAAAACAUUUUUCAUCCACAAAAGUGAUUCUCAGAGAUCAAGUCCUUUGAGUGUUUCAAGCACCAUCACCUCUGUGUGUGAAUUACAGGAAGAAAGAAUACACUUAUUAGAGAAACUCAAAGACUUGAAAAAACUAACUGAGGAGUUUCCAUUCCCUAAUCCUCAUAAGUCUUUGAUUCAAGUGAAAGAGUGGUGUUCAAAGAUUGAGAGUUUGUGUCCUGAGGCAGAAUGCCACCAAAAACUGAAGGAACUUUCCAACAAAAUAGAAGUGUGGAGUCAACAUUAUGUGUUCAGUGAUAAACUUUAUACAAAAAUGUGAACUUGAAUGAAAUAUUGUUACUACCUGUUGUAUUUGACACAUAAGUGACUUAUACCAAAGUUACACAUGACAGUUUAGCUUAAUUUUGUUUCAUGUUGUUAACAAAUAAAAAUAAUUCUUGUCCAUCUGUUUUCAAGGUCCUUAAUUACUUACAAGUUGUACAAAAAAUAUCAUCAAUAUUGCAGUUAAUUACACUAAUUACUGCUGAACACUUCUAUGUAGUUUGGAGAGAAUGAAUGACUUCACCCAUUUCUUUAGGUUAGAUAUUUCAACAGGCAAAAGUAUGUGUGAAAUCCCCCAACAGUGAAUAGUAUAAAGUUGAUAAUCUGAAGGGUAAUUAUGAAUACAGAUUAUAAAACAUUACCCCAGCAAUUAAUAUGAAUCAUAUUUUGCUGGCUACAUAAGACCUUAGUGUUCAUAGGCAAGACUUGAACACUUUACUACAAGAGCAAUUUUAUAAGAUGUUUAUUCCCUCUGUACCAAUUAAUAAGCCAUAUCUUGCAACAUAACCAUUAGACCUUUACAUUAUAUUCUAGUAGCUACAAAUGAUACUUAUUGAUUUUUUCUAAUUUUUGGUCUGUUUUUUAAGCAAUUAUUAACUUUUCAUGCAAAUGUUCAUGAACUAAACUAUUUCAUUAAAUAAAGUAAGUGUUAGGACAACAUUUUAAAUGACCAAUGUAGUACGAGUCCAUUAUAUGGACUUUUACCAUAGUUCAUAAAGCAGUUCUCCUAACAUGACCUUCGAUAAAAGUUAAAAGUAAAUUCUAUAUGCAUGUUUCACCUACAAUUUCACUUGUAGUCAAUACCCAAUUUUAUAAGGAUUUGAUCAACCUAAAGUUACCAGUACAUUUAAAAUAAGUAAAUAAACAGUAAUUGUCUUAUAUGUACAAUAAUCUAGAACUAAUACUUUAUCCAGAGAUUGAUUAAAUUAUAUUAAAAUGACUUGUGGAGCUUCAAACCUCACUACAUCAUUAUAUUUCCUGUAGCAUAGUUACCAUUGCAAAAAACUCAUUCCUAUGGCUGUUGUGUCCAAUGCACACCACUGUAUGUAUUUCAUAAUUGAUCUACUGUACAAGGUUGAUAGUUUCCUAGUGCCCACUACAACAGUACGGUAGUAGAAAAAUCCAUAGGCACUGCAUCUAGUGACUUGACCAGUCUGUCUUCAUUCUCCAGCUGUUUGAGUUAUGUGACAGUUGAAUGGGAGGUAUGACUAGAUGCCUUAUCUUGGGGAACCUAAACCCUGUUGACCUCAUUUCUAGGUGAAGUACCUUCUUUAUUGUGUAGCAUGCUGUUACCUCUAACCUGUGUGUCUGUGGAUUCUCGCAUGUUACAAGAUGCUGCACUUCACAUACUAUGGAUGAGUUACAAAUUGUAAGACCCUUUCUGAGUAGUCCUGGUGCCCUAAGUUGAUCUAUUUUCCAAUGCCAAAUAAUCCAUGUCUUGGAAAUUCCAAGUUUAUGACUAUUUUGUGUUUGAAAAGGCUGUUAUAUACCCUUCUCAAAUCAAAAGCAAACAGUUUUUGGUAGUAUCACACUACCUACAAAAUGCCAAACAAUGUCAAAAUAUUGUUCCAAUACAUGCUAUUAAAAAUCAUUUUAAUAUAACAUACUCAACUCUCUAUAGGCUUUGUUGUUAAUACAUAAGUUAGCAUAAUUUGGAAACAAUCAAGAAUUUUACUGAUCCCAGCACUUUUUUUUUAUCAAAAGUCAGUUGUUUUGUUUUCCA